UUUACGUGCACGUUUAACGAUGCGCUUACAAAACUUUUAAUGCAUUUGAAAUUUUCAACCACAAUAGAGUUCUUAAUUAAAUUGUGAGUGAAGUUAUUCUGCUCCUCAACGCCCAGAGGCGCACUCAUCAACCUAACCGAACGCCAUGGCGAACAUAAUCGACAGCAUAUACGGGUAUCUAACAGCGCCUGGUGAUCUAUCCACAGGCAACCGCUUCCUGCCCUUCCAUGGCGCCUUGCUGCCAUAUCUGCUAACCACCAUUUUCUAUGUGUUAUUCGUAUUCAAAAUCGGACCGUUCUUUAUGAAAAAUCGUCAGCCGUAUAACCUGACUUCCGUGCUACGAUACUACAAUAUUGGUCAAAUCAUUUACAAUGCCGUGGUUUCAUGCAUGGCUUUCUACUUGUAUGUGAUAAAGAGUCCGCUGGCCCUCACUUGCAUCACCAUAUUGCCCAAGGAUCAUCCACUAAAGAAUAUUGAAGGACUCGUUAGCGCCUUGUAUGUGAUCAAUAAAUUCAUCGAUUACUUUGACACAAUAUUCUUUGUGCUCCGCAAGAGCUACAAGCAAAUCACAUUUCUGCACGUUUAUCAUCAUAUCAUGAUAUCAUCCCUGGGUUUGCUCUACCUUAGGUAUUUGGGUGGAGGUGGGCACGCAGCCACGGUUGGUAUUUUGAAUUCCUUUGUGCACGUGGUAAUGUACGCAUAUUAUCUGGCGAGUGCGACGCAUCCGGAAAUGAAGAACUCACUGUGGUGGAAGAUAUAUGUGACCAAACUGCAGCUCAUCCAAUUCGUGGUGUUAUUCGUUCACCAAAUGUGGCCCUUGGUGGUGCAAACGGAUUGCGAGUAUCCAAAGCUUCUUUUGGUGUGUUCAUGUUUACAAGCUCUAUUCAUGAUUUACCUUUUUAGUAGCUUUUAUGUUAGAACGUACAUCAGAAGCCCGAAAAAGGAAACCGGUGUAGUGGAAGAAGCUAAAAAACGAUAAAUUUAAGAGAUUUUUUAAUUAAUAGUAAAAAUGAUAUUAGCAUGAUAGCUGAUAUUUAGCAAACUACUCCUUAAAGUCUUUAAAUUUAGGGAAUAAGAUGAAAAUAAAUUGUGUGCCAUGUUUAUAAUACCUUUCGAAAUAAAUUAUUAUUAAGGGAUCUAAAACUCUUCUGGGUGGAAUAGAAUCAAAAUAAAAUAUUAAAAACUA